UAAACGUAGCAAGUCGCCUGCUUAUAUUAUUCGAAGGUAGCAGCGAGAGAAGACACAAGCAGGCAAAGAAACGAAUAUACAUAUUGAGUGUGGAUUCAGAUAUAAAAACGCAUCCUCAGCAUUUUGAUCGGGUAUAUUGAGUGAAAAGCGCGUCUGUUAGCCUUGUCUGACAACCACUGAUAUACAGUCCGCUAUCGCUGAUUGUCAAAUGUAUUGUUUACAUCCGAUCAGCUGUUACUGCAGAAAACUGUAAUACUCUAUUCGUACGGGUGGUGUUGAAGUUCGCCUACAGUGUAUCACGGCUGAACGUUUGCCCAUCAAGAAGAUUCAGUUUCUAGUUAUCUCGCUUCUCCGUUGAACAGGGGAUCGGGUACAUACUACUGUGGAGGGAUCGGUGAGGGGUUUUGAAUGGGGAAGAACAUAGAUAGUAAGGUCUUUCCAGAAAAUCUAGAAACAAACUGUGUUGCACAAUGUUCCAAACGGACGCAAAAACUGUUGCAGGAGUACCAGGGAUGGGCGAUUGUGUUUGUGUCGGCAAUUAUGUACAUACCUGUUCUGGGUGUGCUAUACAACUACAAUCUUCUAUUUGUUCGAUUACAAGAGGAAUUCGACAGCGGUGCUGGCGAAACAGGAUGGAUCGGGUGCCUGGCGAUCGCUUUGCUAACUCUUCCGUCACCUCUGUCAACCUUCUUAGCAGAGAAGAUAACUUAUCGGGGUAUAGUAGCCCUUGGUCUCGUUAUGUGCUCCAUAGGACUGUUAGUAACGUCAUUUAUGCCAUCUAUCAAGUACAUUUUCUUCAGUUAUAGCAUCGUUUUCGGAUUAGGUACCAAUUUUAUACAGCAUCCGUCCCUUAGUCUCAUCGUUUUGUACUUCGACGAAAGGAAAUGCGCAAAAGCCACUGGUUUGGCCAUCACCGGAACUGGAGCUGGCAUCAUGGCAACUUCGCAGAUCCUUGAAUUUUUGUUUAAUAUACUUGGUUGGCGUGGUGCUCUACGAGUUAUGGCUGCUAUCAUUUUACCUGUCGGUUUAGUAUGCUGUGCCUUUUUGAAGUCACCGCCGAGGAACUCAACUGCAGACUACAAAACCGUCCAGAACAUUGAAGAGGCCUAUCCUUCCAAGAAACUGGAAGCAGAGGUCUAUACAGACACAAAGAAAGUCUACCUUGAAGUUGUGUUUGAGGAACACGAAUCCAAGUCUUUCUCUAGAAAAUUUAUUAAAUUUCUUACGACAAUUGAGUGUUGGCUUGUUAUCUUUAGUUACACUGGAAUGGGGAUCGCAGUUGUAUUCAGUUAUGUAAAUCUUGCUAGUUAUAUGAAAACUGUAGGCUUCAGCGACGACCAAGGGUCGGCUGCAAUCGGUAUAAUGGGUGGAGCCGAUCUGCUCGGCCGCCUGGUCAUUACAUUGAUAGGCGGGAAACUGCCGAUCAGCGUUGCCGGCAUGUACAUCUUGGCCUGCUUAAUCGGCGCAAUUCCGAUUGCAUCAUUACCAUUCGCCACGACUUUCACAAGCGUGGCGAUCUGCUAUUCAGUUAUUACAGGAUAUAACAGUUGGGGUCCGUGGGGGAAAGCACCAAUACUAAAUCCUGUUUACGAACUGACCACCACUCUCGCGUGUCGCACACAUCCAUAAGGAAAAUCAUGUCACUACAUCCCAGACAGAUGAUCACUGAACUUUAACUAUGACGUAAUCAGUUUUGAUGUCAAAUGGUGUGAAAGACGUAGGACAGAAUGUGGCUAAAGAGACGGUGGGGCAUGAGGAUGACAAUACUAACCAGCUGUGUAUGUGAUACAGAUGUUGAAGCCGCCACCACAACAAGAAUUGCCUACUACCAUAGAGUUGACUUUUGCUAAUCCACCUUCAUAAAAUCGACUUUUCCGAUGACGUCGACUAUCAUUUUUCACCACCGCACAAUCACCGUUACGAGGUAACCGUGUGAAAAGCGUGUGUUUCUGACACACUUGGCUUUUCAUAGUUUAGACAGAUUUGAAAGGAUCCUAAAACGAACAAAAUAUAAUGUCUGCUGUGAAAUAUUACAUUGAAAAUUCAAUUUGACCCACUUAACAUAUUUGAAUUCGUAAUUGCGAAACAAUUUUAAAUAUCACUGAUAAAGGCCCUUAAAUCUGAAAUCUAUUCAACAACACAUUUCAUAGGAUUACUCGCUCACCAGUAUAGGACCUACAUUUCUUUUUAUAAUAUAAUAGUUCUUUACAGUUGCAUGCACUUGGCGUUUACAAAAUAUUUCAUAUAAUGUAAUAAUAUAUCAAACAUUUGUUAUUAAUUUGAUUGACAACGUUCAGCAGUAAGCCAUGGUCGAAUUCAUUCCAUAAUGCACAACGACCUAAUUGUCCAUUCCCAUUAGUAAAUCCUAUAGCUAAACACUCCAAUUGACUCUCAUGACCCCAUGAACUGCCAUAGUCCCCACGAACACAUACGAGGCAAUAUGCUACGACAUCUCCAUUUGCAUUGCUGGUGAUUAACUCAGUAACUUAUUUUCGUUUGCGAAUGCAUGUAGGCCUAACAUUGAAAAAUACACAACAGAUUUUUUUUAACCCGUUGGGCGUUGUUUGGUCGAAUCAGAUUGCCCUUACAAAAUUAACCGACUGAAAAUUAACAACGAAUGACAUUACAUUAUUUCAAACGCAUGGGUUUAACAUAAUUUAUUACAUGUGGUGUAUGCCUAACUUAGGUGUCUACGUUAUGGUCUAUACAUGCCAUUGGUAAUAUAAAUUAACUAUAUAAGGCCUUGUUUUAGCUGCACAUGGCUAUGUCGAAAUUCAAUCUAUGAUAACAAACAGAGCAUACGGCGAAUGUAUUUGCACUUUAUAGAGCUAUAACAGUUUUUAAAGAUUCGGAUAGGCCUGCUAUACCGUAAAAAUCAAGAGCUGUUUAAACACUUUAUAAAAUGAAAAACUUUAGUAUAAACCGUUAAACUACAAUGAGCUAUGACAAAGUCAUGCGCAGUUAAACCUUUUUUAGGGCUUAUUAUCGACACGCAUUUUAAAUUUAAGUACCGUAAUGCGUCUAGCAAAUUUUGUGAAAAUAUUUCUGUAAAAAAUAGUAGGCCUAGUAAACAUCAUCAAAAGAUUUGUUUUCAACAACUUUUCGCGAUGGACGCCAAUUGCCUACACAAUUUUGUACAGAUGUCACCAGGCAUAUCUUCUUCUUUUUUUUUUUUUUUUUCGAAAAACGGUAGCACCGAAUUAGGCCUAUGUUUUGAAGAUAUAUAUUUCAUACCAAGUGAUGAAUGUUUUGUAAUUGUCUUUAUUUCUUAAUCUAUCCAUAUUGACUAUCGUACAUUUGAUUUUCUUUCUUUCUAGAACUUACCUUUUAUUUAUGGAUGUGAAUUGUAUUUAUGUUUGAUUUAGGUCAGAUUAUAUAGUUCUGCCGGAUAAAUAUACAUAUUUCAUUUUAUGAAUAUGCAUUAUUUAAUCUCAUGGAUAUUGAAUUAUUUUUUUCUGUCACUAUCAAUCUCAAGAUACGCAUUGGGAAUCUAUUGGUCAGAAAAUUCAUAAUACGAUGUCUAUACUGGCCCAAAAAUGAAAGACUUAAUUUAUAUCUGCAUAAUGAUCAUGUGUUUUCACAGAUGGAAUAAGUUUUGAUGUCGUGGGCUUGGUUUUACCGAGCUUCUGAAUGUUUCCCUUCGUUUCUGGUAACGUGGGAAACAUUUAAUACCACUAUUUAUGAUUUUAACCGGAUUCUUUUGUUCUCCAAUUCUAUCUUCUUUCUGGAAUUAGUGCUAAGUCUGGCAAGAGCCGUUACUCUAUGUUACCAGUACGCCUUCUGUGUCGAUGUCUUCCCGAGCGAGUCAAAGGUCCAGGCUUGUACGAUGGCAGUCAGUAGUUUCGGUGUUGGUAGCCUCUUUGCUACCGGUG